AUUUUUCUCAAUGCCCGCCAUUUCAUUUCAUUUAUUUUCUCUAUCUCUGUCUCUGUUUGCUUUCUAUUUAAAUUUUGUUUUCUCUCUGAUUGUUCGUGUUUCUCUAGUUCUGUGCUCAUAUUUAUGGAUUCUUCUCUAUAUCUGUGUUUGUUUGCUCUGUUUUCGUAUUUUGAUUUUGUUUUCUCUCUGAGUUUUUUAGUUCUCUGUUUCUCUCCGUGUUUGUGUUCGUUUAUACCUGUGUUAGUGCUUCUAUGUUCUUUAUAUGUGUGUUUAUAUUUGUCUAUAUCUCUCUCAGUGUAUUUUGUGUUUCAGUGUUUGUGAUUUUGUGAGUGUCUUUCUUUAGGUCAGUAAUAUUUGUGAUUUUGUGCAAAAUCAGUGUUUAUGUUGAGUGCGAAUGUGUUCGUGUUAGUAAUUUUUGUUUUUGUGUUUCUCUUGUGAGUGGAUUUGUCUGGCUAGUCGUGAUUUUGUUUUUUUCUACAUGUGUUUGUGAAUUUUUAGUUUCUCUGAGAGUUUUUUUGUGUGCUUUGCGGCUUGAUUUGAUUUGGGUUCUAGGUUUUGUGUAUGUGGUUUUGUGUCCUUUCUUUUGUGAUUUUGUGUAAUUUUGGGUGUGAAACGUUUUUGUAUUUUUGUGUCUUAGUGUUUGUGGAUUUGUGUAUUUUUUUCCUUAGUGUUUGUCUGUCUUUUAGUUUGUAGGUGUCUUCUUUGUGAGUGUAUUUGUGUGAGUAAUUUUUGCUUUGUUUUUCUCUUUUAAAUGGGUUUGUGUGCCUAGUUGUGUUUUUUAUUUUUUAGCUACGUGUUUGUGAAUUUUCAGUUAUUCUGAGAAUCUUUUUAUGAGCUUUGAGUUUUUUGGGUUUGUAGUUUGAUUUGAUUGGGUUCUAGGUAGGUAUUGCGCUUGAUUGUUGGUACAAUUUUCAUGUAAGUUUUGAGCAUUUUUUGUGUGAUUGGUGAAUGAUUAGUCUUAGAUUUCAUAUCUAAACAACUGAAUAGUUUUUGAUUUUUUAUUUGAAUAUCUUUAUACUUCCUCAGUUGUGUGUGUACAUUUGCGCCCUCGAUUGCCCGAAUUUCUUGAUGUUACAGCCAAGCAACUAGUUAGUAAACCUGUUUUCAUGGUUUCCUUUUUAUUUAGUUGGUUGUAGAUUUACCUAAUAUACGUAUAUCACAUAGCACACCAAAGCUCAAGGAAACUGUCUGUUGCAAAUAGUUCUUGUUGGGCUACUGGAGAAUUAGCAGUCAAGGUUCGUCAAGAGAUUUUCCAAUUGUUGUGACUCUUAUAUCAAGUUUAGUAUAAUUCCUUCAAUAUCCAGAGAAAAUAGUGCAAUCACACUUGGGAGGCUUGCAUGGGUCUGUCCUGAGAUUGCAUCACCUCAUGUGGAGAAUUUCAUGCAAUCAUGGAUUCAUGAUGAUAUUAAAAAGGAGGAUGCUUUCCAAGGCCUAUGCGCAAUGGAAAUCAGGAGUAAAGUGCUACACAGUGAACUUUGUCAAGUGUUGCAUGGCUAUAAACAGACAUUACAAGACUCAAUUUCAGCAAAUGAAUAAUAGGAAAGAGGAAGUUUGGCAAGCACAGCGGUGGGGGAGAAUCCAUAAUCUUCUUCUUGAGGGAGGCCUUACAUAUAAUGCAAUCAGCGAGUCUCUUGCAAAGUCCACUGUUGCUUUUACUGAUGGUGUUUUUGAGCUAUUGGAAUUUCUUGAGGCGAGAGACAUUCAUGUUCUCAUAUUUUCAGCGGGUAUCAUAGAGGAGGUCCUCAGGCUGAAACUUCACAGGUCUUUUAAAAAUGUCAAAGUUGUCUCAAAUAGAGUGGUAUUUGACAAUGACGCCCUCAUUUCUUUUAAAGGUCCUCCUAAUAUUGAGUUGUAAAUAUCUUAUCAGAUUGGCCCAUAAUGCUAUGAAAUUCCACAAGCUGCUCGGAGCAUUAUGUGUUCACAAAGAUUGAAAAAUCAGGAACCUACCAGCUAUUUGGAGAUAUGUGGGAGAUUGAAAAAUGGGUUUGCUUGUAUCUACUACUUAGAGAUUUAGUUAUUUUUUUGAUUUUUGGUUAUUGGGUGUUGUGUAUCUACUUAUGGUUAUAUGACCUUCCAGGAUUUCGUUAGAUUGUGGAGCAAUAUGAAAAAAGUAGGUUUCUUCUUAAA